AUGCCUCACGCAACGCCGAAAGUCCCGGAGGUGGAGGAAGAUACCGAUUUCGACAAUGUGAUGCGACAACUGAACAGCUACGAAGAUAACGGCCCCUCUCUGGAUUUCCUGUCGCGUGAUUUGGAAGUUGGUGAAAAGGCCGACGAUGCGAUCGAUUACGAAGACUUUGACGAUGACGAACUUCCGGAAGAAGAGAUAAUAGGACGCCCGGCCACAAACCUGCCUGCGGUGGAAGACGGCCAGGAUCCGUUCGCGAACCUGGGGUCGGACGACGCCGCCCUUUUCGGGAAUGGUGAUGAUUUAUUCGGGGAUCAGGGUGAGGCGACUCAGGCUCAGGAUGACAAUCUCGAUGAUCUCUUUGGCGAAGGCUCUUUCUCGCCGCCUCAUGCUGGACAUGAGGAUGCUACCCGCGGUCUUUUUGAAGACGAGGAAAUGCCAUUAGCGGAUGCUCCAGUCGAACUACCGCCGCUUCCGCCAGCUCCGGAAUCUCAGCCAGAACCCGCCAUGAUGGAGGAAGAAGAUUUUCCCGAGGAUGACAGUAUCAUGUCUGAAGAUAUGAACCCAGUUGAACUCCGCGCUUGGAAACUUCAGCAACAGUUGUUCGCCAUGUCAGGCGUUGAAAACCCGCCUGCUCCGCCCGAGAAUCACGAAGAGCUAUUACAAUCCUUGUUCCCCACGUUCGACCGCAACACUCUUCCACGUUGGCUAGAGUUGAUCCCGCAUAAGAAAGCCAUCUUUCUCGGAAAACAGCCGGUCAAGCCGCCAAAGCCGGUCUUACCAACCAAAGUGAACAUUGAGCUGGCGGCUGAUCAUGAACGAACAUUCAGAACCGGUCAACCUCUCAAGCGUGGCCUCGAACAUGAAUCCCUUGGCCUCGUGAUGAUCACAGAGUCAUCCCGCGAGGAGGAGGAAGGGCAGACAGACGAGGACACAAAAGAAGACCAUGGCUUAGAUGAUAUCGACGGAGAUGAAGUGCUGCCGGGUGGCUUCACUAUGCAAGAUCUUCGCACGAUUUGUGUCGACUGGGAUAUCAAUGACGACGUCUCCAGUGUUGAUUCAGAAGACCGGCCUUUGGCACAACGCAAAGAUCCUAUUUUCGAUGAGGAAGAACCAGAUUGGCUCAUGGACACCGACACGCCGAACAAAAAACGGAAGACGGGUCCUACUCCGAUGGAUGUUAUUGCUCUGUCACACAUUGAUAUCCCGCUAUUGGAUGACCCGGAACAAGCAACGAUGAAGAUUGCGAAGAAAGUCACAAUUGACCUCAAUGAUCCGAACAUUCUCGUGGACGAAUUAAGAGCUGAUGCUGUUGCCCACAAGCCGAAGCAUGCCGCUCCUCGCACUCGAGAUGAAGUGGAUCUAAAUCUGACCCGCCGGCUCACUCAACGGUACAAUAUUUCGAACGAUCAGGCAUAUGACAUGCUCAAGCAGAAUCAUCAGAACAAGAUCCGCAGUACUCUUGGCAACGUGACGCUCGAGCACGCUCUUCCGGCUCUGCGGUUGCAGUGGCCCUACUAUAAAACUGAAUUGGCCAAGGCCGAAGCUAGAUCCUUCCACCGACCAGCUAUGGCAUUCCGGGCUGGCCAAACGUCUUGGUUUAAGAACCCUGUUCACGUAAGACGCAAGCACUUACGUGGAAAAGACGCGAAAACUGUUUAUGAAUCUACGCAAUCAUUGUCCAUGGGAGACAAUUCCAACGUUUUGCUAGUGGAAUAUUCCGAGGAGCAGCCCAUGACGCUUGCCAACUUUGGAAUGUGCAACCGUUUCAUCAACUAUUACCGCCGAAAGAACAUCGAUGAUCCUACUCGCCCAAGGGCAGACAUUGGAGAGACUGCUGUCCUAUUGCCUCAAGACAAGAGUCCGUACUCGAUUUUCGGCCAUGUUGACCCCGGCGAAAUCUCUCCUGCAAUCUCAAAUUCUAUGUAUCGAGCCCCACUAUUCCAACACCAAACAAGGUCAACAGACUUCCUUGUCGUCCGCAACACAACUGGAGCCAAUGGCAGCACCUAUUUCCUCCGCAAUAUUGAAAAUUUCUAUGUUGCCGGACAACAAUUCCCGUCUGUGGACAUUCCUGGUCCACAUUCACGCAAGGUGACCACGGUCGCCAAGAAUCGCAUGAAGAUGUUGGUGUAUCGUCUCUUGAAGAAGAGUCCUGAUGAGCGACUCGCGAUCAGCGAUGUCACUGCUCAUAUUCCAAAUACCACGGAUAUGCAGAAUCGGCAGAAAGUGAAGGAUUUCCUGCAACAUGACAAAGACACUAAAUAUUGGAAGCCACUGGAUCCAAAUCUCCCCGAUCAAGACACGAUUCGUUCAUGGGUCCAGCCUGAAGAUGUCUGUCUUUUAGAAUCCAUGCAAAUUGGACAACAACACCUCCACGACACUGGUUAUGGCAAUGAUGCCGAGACUGGUGGUGAAAAUGAGGAGGACGAAGAAUCUGAGAGCUUUGAGCAGCAGAUGGCUCCAUGGAAGGCAACCCGCAACUUUUUGUUGGCAUCUCAAGGCAAAGCUAUGUUGAAACUUCAUGGCGAAGGAGAUCCAACCGGCCGUGGUGAGGGCUACAACUUCAUCAAAACAAGUAUGAAAGGUGGCUUCAAGGCUAUUGGCGAAAGUGUUGAAGAUAAGCUGGACGCACAGCGACUCAAGGAGCUUGGGGGCCAUAGCUACAACGUUGCCCGUCAACAAAAGUCAUAUGAAACCUCCAUCCGCCGUAUCUGGGACGCACAAAAGAGCAGCUUGUCCUCCACUAUCGAGCACUCUGAUCAGGAAAGCGAUGUCGACCAUGAAGACGAAUAUCAGGAUCAAUUCAACAAACCAACACCUCGAUCCGAAGCACCCACACCUGGACCAUAUCGCCGUGAUGAUGAGACAACAAGUCAGUUCAGUAAAAUGAGUUUCAACAGCCAACGCGGCAAGGUGCUACGCAUCACCCGCCAAGUCAAGCUGGACAACGGUGAAAUCGUGGAGAGGGAACAACAUGUCUUUGAUCCCCGCGUUAUCAGACACUAUAUCCAACAUCGCCACCACAACGAAGCUAUGCACACCAAGCUGGAAUCUCUCCAGCCCACAGGCGACCCAGAAGUCGAUGCCCGCAACAAGAAGUUGAUUGAGGCCGAGCUCGGCCGUCUGAACCGUAACAAGGAGCGUCGUUUCGCCCGCGAGAAGCAAAAGGGUAUUCCUCGUUCCGGCGACCCCGAUGGCAGACCUGCUGGUACUCAGCGCAAGUGUGCGAACUGUGGACAGGUCGGACACAUCAAAACAAACAAGAAGCUUUGCCCUCUUCUCAAUGGCACGAUGAAGCCCGAGGAUCGUGUCACGGACUCGGCUUUCUCAAUGAGCGCGCCUGUUCUGUGA